UGUAACUAAAGCAAACCACAGGAAACUCUGUAAAACAGUUGAAACAACAAUGCACUUUAAAAAAAUGCUCCAUACACACAAUUCUUUGAAAAAAAUAGCAAAAAUCUGUAAAUAAUUUAACAAUUAUAUCCAUCCUCUAUACACCGCUUUAUCCUCAUUAGGGUCGUGGGGGUGCUGGAGUGUAUCUCAGCUGACACUGGCGAAGGCAGGGGACACCCUGGACAGGUCACCAGUCUGUCACAGGGCUACAGUAGCCUGUGGCCUACGGAUACGGCACUUUACCUUUCCAUAAAUAUUAAUGAGCCGGCUGAUGAACGCGCUUCGUGAACCAAACAAUCACUCUCGCAUUCACACCUACGGGCAAUUUAGAGUAACCAAUUAACCUCAGCUUAUUUUUGGACUGUGGGAGGAAGCCGGAGUACCCGGAGAAAACCCACGCAUGCACAGGGAGAACAUGCAAACUCCAUGCAGAAAGAUCCCAGGCCCACCCCGGGAUUUGAACCGGGGAUCUUCUUGCUGCAAAGCGAAAGUGCUAACCAUAAUUAGAUUUUUAGAUAGACGUUAUUUACAGUUUUGAUCAGGUUUUUAUUUUACAAUUAACCCCUGAAUUAAUACGUUAAUUUAUUGGCUUUUUAAAGACAUAUUUUUAGGUGAAUGUUUAACAUAAAACAGUUAAAUCUAAAGAUAAAAUAUGACAAAAAUGUCGAACUUUUUACCGCCUAAACUUCCUCUCUGUGGUCAGCUGACUCUACGUCACCGGUUGGUCAUGUGACAAACCAGGAAGCGCCUCAACAGAAAACAACUUAAAAUACACGAUAGUUGACUUUUGAAGAGGAUUUCAUGCUCUUCUCGUAAAUACAGCAAACCUACACUAUGACGCGGAGUGUUAACGUUUUUAUUUGUGUCAGUUUGUGUUUGUUUCCCGGAGUUUCGUCGGUGUUUUCUCCUGUAACGGAGCUCACUGUGAGUCUGAACGGCAAAUGGAGGCUGUCAAACUCCAACGGGUCGCUGCUGCUGCCUGCACAGGUUCCCGGCUGUGUCCAUUCAGCCCUCCAGCAGCAGGGAUUCAUCCUGGACCCUUAUUUCAGGUUCAACGAUUUGUCUUACCGGUGGAUUUCACUUGACAACUGGACGUAUACGACCACGUUCACUGUUCCUCCUCAGCUGCGAGUCAAACAGAAGGUGCUUCUCGUCUUUGACGGCGUCGACACCGUUGCGUCAGUUUCUCUGAAUGGGAUCACAGUGGGGAAGACGGACAACAUGUUCCGUAGAUAUGAUUUCCCGGUUAGAGACCUGCUGAAGGACAGAGAUAAUGUGCUGGAGGUUAGUUUCAUGUCUCCGGUUGUUUAUGCGUCUGAGCGAAGGAAAGCUUCGUCCUACACAGUUCCUCCUGAGUGUCCUCCGGAUGUCCAGAAGGGCGAAUGUCACGUCAAUUUCAUCCGGAAAGAACAGAGCUCCUUCAGCUGGGACUGGGGUCCUUCGUUCCCCACCAUGGGUCUGUUUAAGGGAGUCCAGCUGGAGGCGUUUGAUAUUCUGCAGCUCGUCCAGGUUUCCUCUGUUCCUCUCUACAAGUCCAGUGAUUCUCAGUGGAUGCUGCAGGUUGAGCUUCAUGUUGAUGCAGUUCAGACAACAGAUGGAAAACUGACGAUCUCCAUCCCUGAGCUGGACUCAGAACAAACCUUCCAGACGCAGUUUCUUCAAGGAAACACCAAGAACAGCUUCACCUUAAACAUCAACACGAGCAGCCAGGUGAAGCUGUGGUGGCCCAACGGGUACGGUGAUCAACACUUUUACCGUCUCGCCGUCAGAGGAUUUCAGGACGGAUUCUUAGUCCUCAAUGCAGAGUCGAAGGUGUACUUUCGAACGGUGGAACUGGUCCAGGAGCCGGUCGCUGGUUCUCCAGGGCUGAGCUUUUAUUUCCGCAUCAAUGGGAAACCAAUUUUCCUGAAAGGCUCCAACUGGAUCCCGGCCCACUCCUUCCAGGACCGAGUCAGCCCAGCUGUCUUGAGGAACUUGUUGCAGUCGGCAGUCGAUGCGAACAUGAACGCCCUCAGGGUUUGGGGAGGAGGAAUUUACGAACAGGAUGAGUUCUACGACGCCUGUGAUGAGAUGGGGAUCAUGGUUUGGCAGGACUUCAUGUUCGCUUGUGCCAUGUAUCCCACCGAGGACGACUUCAUACAGACGGUGAGGGAAGAGGUCGUCCAACAGGUUCACCGUCUGAAGUCCCACCCCUCUAUUAUAAUUUGGAGCGGCAACAAUGAGAACGAAGCUGCUUUAGCGACCGGCUGGUUCAACAUCACAGCCGCCCAGAAGUCAGAGCUCCUAAAAGACUACGUGAUCCUUUAUGUGGACAACAUCAGGAAGAUCGUGCAAGAGGAGGACCAGAGCCGCCCUUUUAUCGUCUCCAGUCCGACCAACGGGGCCGAGUCGGAGCAGGAAGGUUGGGUGGCGGCGGAUCCUUACGACCCUCGCUACGGAGACGUUCACUUCUACAGCUACACCCUCGACUGCUGGGACUGGAGGACUUUCCCUCGGACUCGAUUCGCCUCCGAGUACGGCUUCCAGUCCUGGCCGUCCUUCUCCACCCUGCAGCCGGUUUCCGUUAAAGAAGACUGGAGCUACGACAGUAAAUUCAUGUCUCAUCGUCAACACCAUGAAAACGGAAACCAGCAGAUGUUGCUGCAGGCCGGUCUUCACUUCAAGCUGCCCAACUCCACAGAUCCUCUGAAGAGAUUUACAGACACUUUGUACAUCACUCAGGUGAUGCAGGCUCAGUGUGUGAAGACGCAGACGGAGUUUUAUCGUCGGAGUCGGAGUGAAAUAAUCGAUGGUUUAGGUCAGACUAUGGGCGCUCUGUACUGGCAGCUCAAUGACAUCUGGCAGGCGCCUUCCUGGUCGUCGGUUGAGUUUGGCGGAAAGUGGAAAAUGCUGCAUUAUUUUGCACAGAGCUUCUUCUCCGCUGUCCUUCCCGUCGGGUUUGAAGAAGACGAAACGGUGCAGAUCUAUGCCGUGUCAGACCUGAGUCACGACCUGAAGCUCAGAGCGGUGGUGACCGUGCACUCCUGGUCUGAUCUGGAUCCCGUCUGCUCGCUGAAGUCCGACCUGCAGCUGGUCCCUGAAGGCAGCGCCGUUCCUGUUUUGAAGCAGCGUGUCGCCGCCCUGUUGGCCGGAUGUGGACGCUGCAGCCGCCUCACCUGCCUGGUCACCUUCCACCUGGAGGACGAGGGCGGCCGCCAGCAGGGUCCCACCAACCACCACUUCCUGAGCUCACCCAAAGACGCCCAGGGGCUGCAGACGCCCAACAUCACCACGAAGGUGCAGCAGGACGAGUCCGGCUUCUCCGUCACUCUUCACUCUUCUUCUGUGGCUCCUUUCGUUUGGCUCGACGUGGGAAACGUUCCCGGACGUUUCAGCUCCAACGGCUUCCUGAUGGUUUCCAGGAACCUGACGGUCGGUUUCACCGCCUGGCGUCAGACCAGCGUUGCAGAACUCUCCUCGUCCCUCACCGUCACGUCUUUAACGGACGUGUACUGACCUGAGAGCAGCUGGGAAGUUUAACCGGAGAGAUAACGGAUGAGCUGAGCAGGAUGUGGUCUCCUGAAAGUGUCUUAAAUUUGUUGGAUGUUUGAAUGACUGGAAGGUAUUUUUUGACACUUGGUGCCAAUUUUCUAAAUGUUUGGACUCCAAUUCGGGCAGAAAAACCUGUAACUGUUGGAGUAAAAAAAAUGUGAGUUUGCUUCUUUUUCCAGCUGUAUUCAAUCAUUAGCAUCAAAUUUGUGGGACACGAAGCAUUAAUUCACACAAAAACCAUUAAAGAAUGAAACAAAAACAUUUUUUUUAAAUCAAUGAUUACAGUGUAAUUUGGACAUUAUUAGCUAAUUUAAGAACUGAAUGUACAAAUAGCUAAUUAAUUAUUAGGUUCUGCCAAUGUUUGCUAUUUAAUAAAAUUCCAGUUCUGACAAUUAACACGAUGAAAAACUUUUUUUUUUUUUUUGCCUGUUUUGCUUUUUGCACAUUUUUGUCCCAGUUUAUUACCAGAGCAACGACUGUAAUACUUGACAUGAUGGACGUUUGUAUGGAUUUGUACUUAAUUUAUAUCGAUUUGUAAAUAAAUGUGAAAAUAAAAGUGUUAUAUGAAA